CGCAUCUUGGAAUUGUCUUCCACUAGUCUAAUGUGUUCGGAUAUUUUCCAGUUAUGCAUCGUUACGUACCAGGACUAUGAGGUUUCGUUUCAGUUCAAAUAACGAUGCGCAACUAAGGAUGUUGACGAGGAUAUACGAUCACUAAUAAGGAGGACUUAAGAAUGAACGAACCUGAUGAUGCAACCGCUUCUGCCUCAACAAAAGUUCAUGCUACCACCAUGUCCUCAUACACCUGCAUCAGCUGUCGCGUUGCCUUUGCUGAUGGGGAAAUUCAGCGUGCACACUACAAAACAGACUGGCACCGCUACAACCUGAAGCGCAAAGUUGCUGACAUGCCCCCCGUGACCGCUGAGAACUUCCAGGAACGUGUGUUGGUGCAACGUGCUGCCGCUGAACAUCAGGAAAGCGGGGCCUCGGUCAGCCAGGGCUGUUCCACGUGUAACAAAAGGUUCUCCAGUUCCAAUGCCUACCAGAACCACCUUCAAUCCCACAAGCACCAGCAGGCAGAGAAGCAGGCCUUGUUGGCGGCCCAGAGGAAAGUGGAGAGGAUGAAUGAGAAAAAUCUAGAGAAGGGCCUCGGGGAUGACGGCAAGGUGGACCACAAUGCCAGGAAUGAAGCUCUGCAGCAGGCCCUGAAGCCACAACCGCGGCCCAGCCCGGUGAAAACGGAACAGGCUCAGACUUCAGAGGUGGAUGUGCCAACGGUGGAAAGGAACAGGCCAGAGAAACCGCCCAGGCUGCAGUGGUUUGAAGAGCAGGCCAAGAAGAUGCUAGCAGAGGAAGGGGCCACAGUAGAAGAAGAAGAGUGGGAGGAUGUGGGCGACGAGAGCGACGACGACAUGGAUGAUGAUUUUGAUGAAGAUGCAGAUGAAACCAUGGAGGUUGAGGGUGGGAGAUGCACCAUGUCAUCCGUCUCUCAUCCUUCCUCUCUCCCGGGAGCCAUUCCCAUCACAGACUGUUUGUUCUGCCCCCACCACUCUCACUCGCUCCUCAAGAAUCUGGCUCACAUGACCAAAGUUCACAGCUUCUUCCUGCCCGAUCUGGAAUACCUAAUUGACCUCAAAGGACUCAUUCGCUACCUGGGAGAGAAAGUGGGUGCUGGUAAGGUGUGUCUGUGGUGCAACGAAAAGGGCCGAUCUUUCUACACCACGGAAGCAGUACAAGGCCACAUGACUGACAAAAGCCAUUGUAAGCUCUUUACAGACGGAGACGCUUCACUGGAGUUUGCCGACUUCUACGACUUCAGGACUAGUUAUCCUGACCAGAAAGAGGGAGAGGACGCUGAGAUGGAUGAUGAAGAGCUGCCGGACAUGAAGAACAUGGACUACGAUGAUGACACUCUUGAGCUGACUCUUCCCUCAGGUGCUAAGAUUGGCCAUCGCUCUCUGAUGCGAUACUACAAGCAGCGUUUUGGUGCCCCAAAGACAGUGGCACUGGCCCAUAACAGGAAUGCAGUGGGUCGGGUACUUCGGCAGUACAAGGCCCUGGGCUGGGGAGGGGACAUUGGUAAAAACUCUUUCCACCAGAGCCAGAAGGACAUGAAAUUUGUCCAGAAAAUGAAGUCAAAGUGGAUGCUAAAGAUGGGCAUGAACAACAAUUCUUGCAAACAGACCCACUUCAGGCUCCAAGUCAUGUUCUAGUCUUUAGACAGCAAAUAUGGGGUCUGUCUCUCAAUUAUUCGACUCACAUAUUAUUGGACAGUCUCUAUAGCUUUACCUUUAAUCUUUUACCCCACUAAAAGAUUUCUGUUGUAAACAUUUAACACUCACUGUUCCAUCUAGAUCUAACAAUGUCAUAAUCUAAAAAAUAUGGUCGGACCUCAUUAUUCAUAUUUACAGAAAGUUAUGUAUUCAAUAUAUUUGAAUAUAGUUACUGUUCUGUAUUUUGACAAAUAUGGAUAUAUAUUUUACAUCCCCAAAAAAUUCUGAUGUAGAAAAUGAUUUUCACUGCUUAUUCCAUACUGUCAUUACCCCAAAUCCUUGUUUAUAAAAUUCUGUUGUAUGGUAAUUAUGAAUAAUAAACUAAUCCUAGUCUUUCCGCGGUAA